AUGAAGUUCACAGUUGUUGUUUUUAUUGCGCUAAUUGCUUUAAGUGUUGCAUUACCUGCAAAUGUCAAUCCCGGUUCCGUGAUUAUAAAAGCCAAUAGUGACGUGAGACCAGAUGGAUAUGAAUUUGGAUACGAAACUAGUGAUCCAAUUGUUCGUAAUGAAGCAGGAAUAUUACAACAAGUAUCCCAGGACCAACUCGCACUUCAAGUGAAUGGCGACUUUGCUUUUAACUACCCCGAGGGAUUUUCACUUCAAACCACCUACGUAGCUGACCAAAACGGUUAUAGACCUAAAGUAUCGUUUGGUCAAGGAAUUGGUCGGUCCAGAAACUAA